AAUGAGAGCGGAAGUUGGUGUUAUCACGGCUCUGGUUUACGACAAACAGCCGCGAGGGAGACGAUUAUCUGCGGGAACAAACGACACAAUUCAGAGAUGAUUGAGGUGGUUUGUAAUGAUCGUCUGGGGAAGAAGGUUCGAGUCAAAUGCAAUCAGGAGGACACGAUUGGGGACCUGAAGAAGCUGAUCGCAGCACAGACGGGCACACGCUGGGACAAGAUCGUGCUCAAGAAAUGGUACACCAUAUUCAAGGACCACGUGUCACUGGGAGACUAUGAAAUCCAUGACGGCAUGAACCUCGAGCUCUAUUACCAGUAGAACACACGCACACACACGCACACACACACACACACACACACACACAGAGAGAGUUUGUGGAGUGAGUCGCUUUCAUCAUGUCUCGAGGCAUCAGAAUAUGUUUUCAGUUGAAUUGUUUUGAUAUUGUUUGGAAAUAAAACUCAUAUUUAUG